UCAUUGACACCACUCGUAACUUCACACGAAAAAACAGCCAGCAAAAACCCAACGCGUCCGAGUCAAAUCGCUCCCUCCCCAACAACUCGUCGUCUUCCCCAUCUCCAAAUCCAGAUCCGACGUCGUUUUUCUCGUUAAAUCAAAUUAAAAAAUUAAAAACAAUGAGCUUCGUGUUCCGAGGAACAACACGAGGUGAUUUAGAAAAUGGGUUCCAAGGUUUUAUCCCUGAGCGUCGAGCUAUGCGUGUUCAUGCAGCAACUCGGCCUGUUAAUUCCAAUUCUCUUGUAUUUCUAGUUACAGUUCUUUUGUUGUUUAUGAUUCUUAACUCACAGCAAAUGUCACCUAAUUUCCUGCUAUGGUUAGUGCUUGGUGUCUUUCUGAUGGCUACGACAUUGAGAAUGUAUGCGACGUGUCAACAACUUCAAGCUCAAGCUCAGGCUCAUGCUGCUAUGGCUAGCGGUCUUCUUGGUCAUACUGAGUUGCGUUUGCAUAUGCCCCCAUCUAUUGCUUUAGCUACUAGAGGUCGUUUACAAGGGCUUAGACUUCAACUUGCACUCCUUGACCGUGAAUUUGAUGACUUAGAUUAUGAGACUUUGAGAGCGUUGGAUUCUGAUAAUGUUCCCACCACUGCGUCAAUGAGUGAGGAAGAGAUAAAUGCUCUUCCGGUUCAUAAUUAUAAGGUCCCUGCUCCUAAAAUUGGUGGUUCUUCAAUGCAGCAGGCCUCAUCAUCUGUCUCAAAUGAGCCAAAAAAACAAGAUACUUCGAAUGCAGUGGGAACCAUGAAGGCUUCAGAAGAUGAGCUGACUUGCAGUGUGUGCUUGGAGCAAGUUAAUGUGGGAGAAGUAAUCCGUACCUUGCCAUGCUUGCAUCAGUUCCAUGCUAAUUGCAUUGACCCCUGGCUGCUGCAACAAGGAACAUGCCCUGUUUGCAAAUUCAGGGCAGCGACGGGGUUGCACGAAAACGGACAAGACGACACGGAUGCUUCUUACAUGGUUUAACUGGAUGCUAUCGCCUAUGCAUCUACAGAUCACAUAAAGUACCUGUUUUUCCUAUUUUUCUUUUGGCUGCAAGCCAAUUAAUCAAAGGUUGAAGAUGUAAUUUAUAACUUAAUAUUUAUAAUAUUCGGCCUUGAAGAAAUUGCAGGUUUCUGCAUGAUCAAAACAUCAUUCACACUUUUCACUUUUCAGUAUAGGUCUUGGAGAGGAAAACUAAAAUAUAACAUCAAUACAAGUUAUGUAACAGAAAAUUUUACCUAUUAUCAAAUCUAUCUAACAUAUUUCUGUGUC